CUGCUACCCAAUGAAAGAGACGAGAGGCGGAAAAACCAUCGCGUAUACUGUGACUGCCCCUCAUCUCAAACUUCACAGAGAGGCAUAUGUGGCUCCUGGACGGCUGAAAUCGGGGAUUGUUUACGCUUUUGGACUACCAUCGACUUCACUGAGCCUUUAAAAUGGAAUAAAGUGCAACUAUGGUGGUGAAUUCCGUGCAUUGGUUUCGCAAAGGGCUGCGGCUUCAUGAUAAUCCGGCUUUGCAGGAAGCUCUCAAUGGCGCGGAUACUGUACGGUGUGUUUAUAUUUUGGACCCGUGGUUUGCAGGCUCGGCCAACGUGGGAAUCAACAGAUGGAGAUUUUUACUGGAAUCUUUAGAGGAUUUGGACACAAGUUUGAGAAAACUGAAUUCAAGGCUUUUUGUGGUGCGAGGACAGCCAGCAGAGGUCUUCCCAAGACUCUUCAAGGAGUGGAAUGUCACACGUCUCACGUUUGAAUAUGACUCUGAGCCUUAUGGCAAAGAAAGAGAUGCAGCCAUCAUUAAAAUGGCACAGGAAUACGGUGUGGAAACCCUGGUACGAAACACUCACACGCUCUACAAUCCAGACAGGAUCAUAGAAAUGAACAACCACAGCCCCCCUCUCACUUUCAAGAGAUUUCAAGCCAUUGUGAAUCGACUUGAACUUCCCAGGAAACCAUUGCCGACCAUCACUCAAGAGCAGAUGGCCAGGUGUCGGACGCAGAUCUUGGACAAUCAUGAUGAACGUUAUGGCGUACCCUCUCUCGAGGAGCUGGGUUUUAAGAUUCGGGGUGACAGCUCACAUGUAUGGAAGGGUGGUGAGACAGAAGCCCUGGAAAGAUUAAAUAAACACUUGGACAGAAAGGCCUGGGUAGCAAAUUUCGAGAGGCCUAGAAUAACUGCUCAAUCACUGUUCGCAAGCCCAACUGGACUUAGUCCUUACCUACGAUUUGGAUGUCUGUCUUGUCGCGUGUUCUACUACAAUCUGCGGGAACUUUUCAUGAAGCUGCGGAGACGCUCCAGUCCACCCCUCUCGCUCUUUGGCCAGCUGCUGUGGCGAGAGUUUUUCUACACGGCAGGCACCAACAACCCCAACUUUGACCAUAUGGAGGGAAACCCCAUCUGCGUUCAGAUACCCUGGGAUCACAAUCCCGAGGCCCUGGCUAAAUGGGCAGAGGGUCGGACAGGGUUCCCUUGGAUUGAUGCCAUCAUGACCCAGCUAAGACAGGAAGGCUGGAUCCACCACCUGGCCAGACAUGCCGUAGCCUGUUUCCUCACUCGCGGAGACUUGUGGAUCAGCUGGGAAAGUGGAAUGAAAGUAUUUGAGGAGUUGUUGUUGGAUGCGGACUGGAGCGUGAACGCAGGCAGCUGGAUGUGGCUUUCCUGCAGUGCGUUCUUCCAGCAGUUCUUCCACUGUUACUGUCCCGUGGGCUUCGGCCGCAGGACGGAUCCCAGUGGAGACUACAUCAGGAGGUACAUCCCGAAGUUAAAAGACUAUCCUAACCGCUACAUCUACGAGCCAUGGAACACUCCAGAAUCGGUGCAGAAAGAGGCCAACUGCAUUGUGGGUGUGGACUAUCCUAAACCUAUGAUCAACCAUGCCGAGAGCAGCCGGCUCAACAUCGAACGAAUGAAGCAGGUUUACCAGCAGCUGUCGCACUACAGAGGCCUUAGUUUGCUCGCCUCAGUUCCUACGAUCCAGGAAGAGGCGGAGCCUCCCAUGUCAGAUGACUCUCAGGCCAGCAGCAGCACUGCCGUGCUUUUGCUGAAGCACCAUCAUGUUUUCUACAGGUCAAGCGUGCAGUCCUGUCCCAUCACCACACCAGCCCACCUCUCCACCUUCAACCCCGCCCAACUCAGAGCCCUCCACCCCAAACUCAAGCCCGACAGCGGCUGCCCUGGGGGCCCACACCCAGAGGAAGAGGGGCCAACCCUCUGGGCUCCCAUGCAAACAGAAGUCAAAAGUCAAGCACACCAGCCAAGCCAAAGGAGUCGAGCAGAAGACUGACGACAUGCAGUGACCACAGGUACCAGCCAGAGUUAUAAA